AUGAAUACUCUACCGUUGUUGCCUGAUCUGAAGGACUACAAGCUUCCUAAAACUUUACCAACCUUAGUGGUUGACAUGGAGGUUCUAUUCAAGGAUAUUCAUUACUCUCAUGGCUGGAAGCUAUUCAAGCGGCAGAGACUCGAUGAUUUGCUGAAAUUCGCGUCCAAUCAUUUUGAACUGAUUAUUUGGAGCAGCGAGAAGUUUCCUCUAGGACAGACCAUGAUUUUGGGUUGCGGGAUCUCCUGCAUGGGGGUGCUACACCAGAAUAACUUGUCCUAUUGCGGCGGCAAGUAUUACAAGGACCUGAGACGGCUGGGACGGGACAUCCACCGUGUGGUGCGGGUGACAACAAGUACGCAGAACAUCUUGGCGGAUCAAGAGGACAACACUAUAGUGCUCGAUGGCAGUCGUGACGACUGUCUAGAUGGCCUCACGAACUAUCUCAAAACUCUGUCUCUCGCUAAGGGCGAUUUGAGACCAAAAAUUCGCGAAUGUAAUCGACAAGAUUGUAUUGACAAAUACAAAACCCGUGAUGUCACAGGCUUCCUGUCCCGGCUUAUAGGCUUGGCUGGUUGA